AUGCAGUCCAUGAUUGCUCUUCUCGGCUUGGCUAUCGCUAACCUUGCGGUUGCCAGCCCUUGCAAGCCUGUACAACCGACUUCAGCUUCACAGAGUCUUUCUCUUACCUCUACCGUUCCUUCUGUCGCAAUCAGCGAGACCUCAAGUGCUACCAUUCCCCAAACGAGCUCACCUACCCAGGAAGAAGGGACCGUCGUCACCAACUCUCUUACAGGCGGUGGUUUUAAUGCACCCGAUCUCACCAACCCUCCCACAUUCCUUCAAAACUUCCAAGGAACUGGUGAUGUCAAGUUCCACGAGGGCGGAUGUUACAAGGCAGAUGGCAGCCCGGAUGAUGGUUGUGCUUCCUUAUCAGCAUCUGGAAACCCAGCUGGCAAGCGUGACCUAGGCUCCAUGGCUACCCUCUUCCAGAUGAUGAACUCUCUAAACACUGGUGCAAGGAGUCGAUACACUGUCCAGUUCUACUAUAUCGUCGCCUCUGGUGGUAGCCAGGCAUGUACUGUCAGCGCCUCACUAGGUAACACACAGUUCUACUCCAGUUCGCUUUCGAGCUCUGGUGGUGCCAGUGUCUCGUGGAACCAUGUUCUCUCCACUGUCGUCGCCGAUUCUGCUUCUGCCGUCUUCUCCAUCUCAAUGUCUUGCAGUGGUAAUGGAAUCUCCAUGAUCCUUGUCGACUCUAUUUUCAUCUCUAACCAAGUCACUCCCGAGACCAUUGGUGAUGUCAAGCUUGACUUUGGGGUUCCUGCAGUUGACCCUGUUACAACAUCCAAGGCACCUAUCACUACCGAUGGACCACAGACUGCGGGCGCCCCUUCUACCGCAGUCACCGAUUCUCUUGAGACUAGUGUCGAAGAGUCAACCCAUGCUGUCAGCAGUGACUCGGCCUCCGUUAUUGAUCAGACCACUGCAUCGGGUGUCAAAUUCCCCACUGAGACAGCUGCAACACCUAAUCAGUCAACUGAAGGCUCUCAGAACACAGACGCUGAUUUUACUUCGCACACUCAGCCUAUUUCUGAGCAGACCACAGAAGAGCCUGCUUCAUCCACCAUCCCUCCAUUGCUCCCGAAGCCCAGCACGGCCAUGACCGAAUCUGAGAACGGUGAAUCCACUCCCCUACCUGGCACUCCAGCCGCCUCAUCCACCAUAAUCCCUCCCAUCAUCCCUAAGCCCACUACGGCUCUGACACAGCCCGGCAAUGAGGGAACCACACCUCCGCUAGGUACUCCCGGUGCCUCGUCCACCAUUCCUCCUAUUAUCCCUAAACCCAGCACAGCUGUGACUGAAUCCGAUAAUGAGGGAGCCACUCCUACACCUGGCACUCCAACCGCUUUAUCGACCAUCCCUCCCAUUAUCCCCAAGCUCAGCACCAUGACUCAGCCCGAGAAUGAGGAAACCACUUCCACACCUGGUACUCCAGCCGUCACACCCAUCAUCCCCGUUACCCCCGUCACUCCUGUCACUCUUGUCACUCAUGUUACUCCCGUCAAACCUGUGACUACAAUUACUCCUGGUACUCCCUUCCCCACAAGAGAUGCUCCUUCUCCCUCAGAGACCUCAUGCUCGCCUAUGUGCAUUCCCAAGGGAGACGCUUUCGAGCAGCCCUGGACUUGCAAUAUUCGCGGUGUCUACAGCGGCCCCACCUACACCGUCCCUGAGAAUAUCCACCCGGAGAUGGUCAACAGUGAGAACUGUGCCGAGAUCUGCCAGUACCUGCCAGGCUGCAAGUCAUCCGCUUUGGUUGAUGGGCAGUGUCGUUUCACCGAUGCAUUGAUCCGCAGGUCUGAGAUUACGACCUUGGACCGUUCAGAACCUAACCAGGGCUUCUGGAACGAGCAGAGAUGUUUCCAGUGCAACGAUUGUUCUUUGCCGCCAUUGUUCAAUCCGCCCGAAAUGACCCAUGCUCCAGAGGAAGUCUCUUCCACUACUGCACCUGAGGAAACCAGGACCCGAAGUACAGAGACCACCCCUACUGAGACAAGAAACAUUAUCUGUGGUUAUGUUGGUCAAUACACUGGUGGUGGUGGUCCUUAUGAGGCUGACCGCACAGCCUUCCCCAAUCAAGACAGUCUGAAGGCGUGUAGACAGGCUUGCGAUGGUAUUCGAGACUGCAAGGCUGUUGCGUUUGUCAUUCGGGACAAGUUCCAAAGCCCAGGUUACUGUCUCUUUGCUGAUAACCGCAUCACAUGGGAUACUCUGGUGUCUGAUGAUCGAGCUGCUUACAAGGCUAUCUGGGCCGAUCCUGAAUGUGACUUUGAUCUCAUCUCGGUUCCUGAGCUGUCUUUCCCUACGACUACUAUGCCGCCCGUUGACUCUCAGCCUACAACGCUGGCUACACGAACCUCUCAACAACCCGAGACCACGACAACACCUGCUGAUGUGUGUCUCUUCAACCGUGGUCAAUCGUGUGAAAUGACCCCAAGCAAGUUGGAGUCUGGUACCUUUUGCGCUUAUGCCGCCAGGUUCAACGGCAAUCAGUGGAAGGAAAGCCGUCAAGACUACCCUUACCAAGACACUCUGGGACAGUGUGCCGCUAUUUGCCAGACCAUGGACCAUUGUGAGUCAGCAGCGUACUGGCAGACAGAGAACCGCUGUCUUUUCACUGCGAAGAAGAUAGUUGAGUCUGAUUUCACCAUCACCCCUGAUCGUGACUUUGAGCACGCAACCUGGACACACAAGUCCUGCUGGACGUGCCCUUCCUGCCAGGCAACUCCCGCGCCCAUAACCCGUGCCGUAUCCUGUUCCUAUGAACAAGGCGAUGUUUGCCAGCGUGUGACAUCGAACAUUGAUGGUGCUCUAUGCAACUACCAAGGCUUUUGGGAACUAGAGUGGAGAGAGUCUCUGGAGAAAUACCCUGACCAGAGCUCACCUGCCAAGUGUGCUGCCAUCUGCCGUACGCGAGAUGAUUGCUUUGGAUCUGGAUACAAGGACGGCAUAUGCAUGUUUUCGCCAAUCCGUCUGGAGCCUCAGAAGUUUAGAGAUUGGCCCGACCACUCACGAGAUGGAGUUUGGGAUGACAUCUCUUGUUUCCAGUGUCCAAACUGUGCUUAG